AUGGCUGACGCUACUUGUACCAUCCGCACAAGGAAGUUUAUGACUAACCGUCUCCUUCAACGUAAGCAAAUGAUCGUUGAUAUCAUUCACCCAAAUUCUGCUAAUCUUUCUAAGAGCGAUCUCCGUGAUAAGCUUUCCAAGAUGUACAAGGCCGAUAAGGACAACGUUUUCGUUUUCGGUUUCCGUACUCACUUCGGUGGUGGUAAAAGUACUGGUUACGCUUUAAUUUACGAUACCAUUGAAGCUGCUAAGAAGUUUGAACCAAAGUACAGAUUAGUCAGACAAGGUCUUGUUGAAAAGGUUCAACAAUCACGUAAGCAAAUCAAGGAAAAGAAGAACAGAAGCAAGAAGUUCCGUGGUACCAAGAAGGUUACUCAAACCAA